UCUGAAACGAAGCAUUUGUGAAUUAGAAAACUGCCUGUAUAUUCUGAAGUAAGUGAACGUCCGAGUGUUUGAGAAAUGAGAAGUAAGAAAGCUCCAGACAGGAGGAGGAGUUUGUGAGGGAACCAGCACAACAGGUCCUGUAAUUUUACUUCAGCGUGAUUGUGUGGAGACCGUAGAGCGCGUAAUACCGAGACAAUAGAAGAUCGAGAACACAGACGCCUCACUGAGACACAUUACAGCACACAGACGGACAGAGCAACCCGUGGCUCUGUUUUCCAGUGUUAGGAAUCAUGAGCGGUGAAAUACGCCGAGUGGUGUCCAAAGACGGCCACAAUAACGUAAAGAUCGACAACGUGGAGGGCAUGAUAAAGCUCUUCUUACACGACAUCUGGACCACCGUGGUGGACAUGAAAUGGCGCUAUAAGAUCACCCUGUUCGCCUCCACUUUUGUCAUGACGUGGUUCACCUUCGGACUCGUCUUCUACCUCAUCGGCCUGAGGAACGGCGACUUCGCCGCGGACCCGUCGUCCAAUCACACGGCGUGCGUGAUGAAUGUGGAGACGCUGACGGGCGCCUAUUUGUUUUCUCUGGAGACCCAGACCACCAUCGGCUACGGCUUCCGUCACGUGUCAGAGGAAUGUCCGCUCGCCAUACUGGCGCUGGUGGUUCAGCUGGUCGUCACAGGACUGGCGGAGAUCUUCGUGACCGGCGCCUUUUUGGCCAAGCUGGCGCGGCCUAAGAAGCGCGCGGAGAGCAUAAAGUUCAGCCGGUCGGCGGUGGUGUGCGAGCGUCAGGGGAAACGGUGUCUGAUGGUGCGAGUUGCCAACAUGAGGAAAAGCCUGUUGAUUCAGUGUCAGCUCUCGGGCAAACUGCUGUCGCCCUAUGUCACCCGAGAGGGCGAGAAGACCCUCAUCCGUCAGGCCGCCUUAGACUUUCACCUGGACUCCAGCGACGAAUGCCCCUUUCUUCUCAUGCCUCUCACCUUCUGUCACGUGCUGGACGCCAGAAGCCCGCUGGCCGCUCUCACGGCCGACGACCUGCCCACGUGUCAGUUUGAGCUGCUGGUCACUCUGAACGGAACCAUGGAGUCCACCGCCGCCACCUGUCAGAGCCGAACGUCCUACGUGCCGCAGGAGAUCCUGUGGGGGUACGAGUUCAAAGCCGUGCUCUUCAACACACCCGCCGGGAAGCUGGUCGCCGACUUAAGCUUCUUCGAUGAAGUCCAGAGGUGCGGCGAGCCGCCGGCGCUCCUGGACGACACCGAGAAACUUCAGCUGGAGGAGGAAUACAGACGACAUUCUGAAGCUGAUCUCAGAUCAACUGAAUAAUAUUCUGUGAUAAAUGCUUUGGCAGAAUUCAUGAGUUACUCUGAAGAUCUUCAGUACCUAAAAAUCAACUUCUACUCUGUUGUGUCAUUUCAUGUGUUUCUCCUUCAAUAAAUACACGAGUUACAUUUGU